AUGGCGGAUUUCAAGGGGAGGACGAUUCCAAUAUGUUAUGCCUCGUGCUCCAUAGGCCACGACGGUUCUAAGCACACUCUCCCGGCCAAGCUGAAGACUCUUGCCACGGCUGGAUUCGACGCCAUUGAGCUCUCAAUGCCCGACAUCCUCGCGUAUGGUCAAGAGAUCUCGGAGAGCAAGGCAGAGAUUGAUCCAAAGGAUUACGAAACACUCCGAUCAGUCGCCGCAGAGAUUAGAAAACUGUGCGAAAAGCAAGGCCUGAAGGUCUUGAUGUUGCAGCCCUUUGCGAACUUCGAGGGCUGGCCCAAAGGCAGCGAGGAAAGAAAAGAUGCCUUCAACAGAGCCCGAGGGUGGAUGAGCAUAAUGGAGGCAGCUGGGACAGAUAUGCUUCAGAUUGGCUCAUCCGACGCCGAGGGCAUCUCCUCUCGUUUUGAGGACCUGGCUUCCGACCUGGCUGAGCUUGCAGAUAUUUUUGCCGGGAACGGGUUUCGGAUUGCAUACGAAAACUGGUGCUGGGCCACUCACGCGCCGGCGUGGAAGGACGUCUGGGAAAUCGUGAAAAAGGCCAAUCGACCCAAUCUGGGCCUGUGCCUCGACACGUUCCAAAGCGCAGGGGGAGAAUGGGGCAGCCCAACGACGAAAUCUGGACGCAUCGAAGACGUCAGCACAGAAGAGUUGGACAAGAGAUGGAAGAGCAGCUGUGAAGAGCUCUCGAAGACAGUCCCUUCCGAGAAGAUAUUCUUGCUGCAGAUCUCAGACGCAUACAAGAUGGAGCCGCCGUUGGAUGACAGAGCAGAUGACAGCGGGUUGAGACCGAGGGGUCAGUGGAGCCACGAUUAUCGACCGCUGCCAUACGACGGUGGGUACUUGCCCGUGGAAGAUUUCACCAGGGCUGUGUUCAAGACCGGGUUUAGAAGUUGGGUGUCAGUGGAAAUAUUCGAUGGUAAGGGACCACAGAAGUAUGGGGACGACAUGGGACCUUUUGCGAAGAAGGCUUUUGAAUCGGUGCACACCUUGUUGAAGCAGGUCGAAGAUGUGGAUUGA